GGGAGCCUGGGGUAGGGAAUUACACCGAGCCCCUCAUCUUGAGCCUGCCAGAGUUCCUGUAUCCGGCGUGAGGGUGCUCAGAAGGGGUCAUAUCCAUAGCCACAUUAUAGUGAUACUGAGUAUUACUCAGCAUGUGCCCCAGUGUGUGCUCUUCCUACCUCCAACUGCACCCCCAAAACUCAGGCUCAUUACAGAACAUGGACCCUACAGAGGAGGCCGCUUCUCAGAACGUAGCAAGUACCGCAGAGGAGAAUUAUUUUGUGACGUACACAUUUACAGAUCGCUCUCACAGCAGCCGCGUGGCACAAAGCAUCAUGAAGCUGUGCAUGGAAGAGGAAUUAUUUGCCGAUGUCACUAUUCUAGUUGAAGGAAAAGAGUUCCAGCUGCACCGGUUGGUCCUUUCUGCCCAAAGCUGCUUCUUCCGCUCCAUGUUCGCCUCCAAUCUGAAGGAGGGACGUAACCGUGUCAUCCAGCUGCAGGAUGUAAGUGAGAGUGUCUUCCAGUUGCUGGUGGAUUACAUUUACCAUGGGACAGUGAAGCUGCGGCUGGAGGAGCUGCAGGAGACGUACGAGGUGGCUGACAUGUACCAGCUGAUGGCCUUGUUUGAAGAAUGCUCUCGCUUUCUGGUGAGGACGGUGCAGGUGAAAAACUGUCUGCAGAUCAUGUGGCUGGCGGACCAGCACAGCGAUACCUCUCUCUACACUGCAGCUAAACACUGCACCAAAACCCACCUGUCCCAGCUAUGUGACACAGAGGAGUUCCUGAACUUGCCUUUGCGGUUGCUGACGGACAUCAUUGCAGAUGGAGUGCCCUGCUCACAGAAUCCCACCAUAGCUAUCAAAAACUGGAUCAAUUUCAAUAAGGAAGAGCGGGAGGAAUACUCGGCAGUACUGCUUUCUAGCUUAAAGGAAAUUGGGGAAAAUGUGCACAUCUACCUGAUUGGGAAGGAGGAGUCUCGCACACACUCCAUUGCAGUGUCUCUACACUGUGCGCAGGAUGACUCUAUAAGUGUAAGUGGGCAGAAUAGCUUGUGCCACCAGAUCACAGCGGCCUGCAAGCAUGGCGCUGACCUGUACGUGGUGGGAGGCUCCAUCCCGCGGCGGAUGUGGAAAUGUAACAUGGAGACCAUGGACUGGGAGCGAUGCGCACCUCUGCCCCGAGACCGCCUGCAGCACACGCUUGUGUCUGUGCAAAGCAAGGACGCUAUAUACUCUCUCGGUGGAAAGACGCUACAGGACACGCUCUCCAACGUGGUCAUUUACUAUCGUGUACAAGACAAUGUCUGGACGGAAACCAGCCAGCUGGAGGUCUCCAUCUCCGGGGCGGCGGGCGUGAAUCUUAAUGGGCUUAUCUACCUGAUGGGGGGCGAGGAGAAUGACCUGGACUUCUUCACAAAGCCCUCGCGUCUUAUCCAGUGCUUUGACACGAACACAGAGAAGUGCCACGUGAAACCCUACCUGUUGCCCUUCGCCGGGCGCAUGCACGCAGCUGUACACAAGGACUUAGUGUUCAUUGUGGCAGAGGGAGACUCGCUAGUCUGUUACAACCCACUUCUGGACAGCUUCACGCGGCUCUGCCUGCCCGAGGUCUGGAGCUCCCGGCCGUCUCUCUGGAAAAUCGCCAGCUGCAAUGGCUGCAUUUACGUUUUCCGAGAUCACUACAAGAAAGGGGACGCCAACACCUUCAAACUAAACCCGGCCACCUCUGUGGUGACAGUGACCAGCGGGAUUCGCUUCUUGCUUACCAACUUGCAGUUCUUGUUGGCGUGAGGCUGACUCUGCUAUGUAAGAGCUGCCACACAUGGAAUGCCUUGGCCUGGCACACCCUAGUCUUGCCAGCGAACCUCCCACCACCUUACUGUUGCCGGAAGAAAAUGGUCAAACUGCUCUGUAAUAAAAAUUGAUGGGACCAUCCACUUAAUACAGUGGGCUUGGUGUACUAUACCAGCCAGCUAAGUGUUCUCUACAGCAUUGGACUUUGUUAUAUGCUGCUAUAUCUAUGCUUAGGUUUCUGGAUUGCGUCUAGGCUUGUUUUACCUGAAACAACAAUACAAAACACUAAAAUCCA